AUGUCUGUAGCACCUCCCCGAAAAGGCGAGAACUAUGAGCUCCGUCAACAGCUCAACUCGGAGUAUCGCGAAAAGCGGGCCGACGCGAUCAAGCGGGUCAUUGCGAAUCACACCAUAGGGAAGGACUGUAGUGGACUCUUUCCGGAUGUGGUGAAGAACAUGCAAACGGACGACCUGGAGCAGAAGAAGCUGGUCUAUCUGUAUCUCAUGAACUACGCCAAGACUCAGCCAGAGCUGGUCAUCCUCGCCGUCAACACCUUCGUCAAGGACACCGCAGACCCAAACCCCCUCGUCCGCGCUCUCGCCAUCCGCACCAUGUCCGUCCUCCGCACAGAAAAGACGCUCGACUACCUCGCGUCCCCGCUGUCAAAGUGCCUGAGAGACGAGAACCCCUAUGUCCGGAAGACGGCGGCAUUGUGUGUGGCCAAGGUGUUCGACCUGAAGCCUGAGCUAUGUGUCGAGUAUGGGUUUAUCGAUACGUUGAGGGACUUGGUGGGAGAUGGGAACCCUAUGGUCGUCGCCAACGCCAUCACCGCCCUCUCAGACAUCCACGAAGCAUCACUAAGGAUAUCUGAAACACCCGAAUCAGCCGUAGACGAGGACGGCAACCCCACUACCCCUCCCACUUCUGCCAAGCCCAACGCCCACCUCUUCCUCAUCGACCCACCUACCCUCUCCAAGCUACUCGUGGCGCUGAACGAAUGCUCUGAAUGGGGAAGAAUAGCGAUCCUCAACACCCUCGCGACGUACAAGGCGGUAGACACCGAGGAGAGCGAGCAGAUCUGCGAGCGGGUCAUGCCGCAGUUCCAGCAUAAUAACGCUGCGGUGGUGUUGGGAGCCGUCAAGGUGAUCAUGGUCCAUAUCAAGGGCGUGCAGCGGGAAGACCUGCUCAAGAUCAUCACACGAAAAAUGGCUCCUCCUCUCGUCACUCUCAUCUCAUCUCCACCCGAAGUCCAAUGGGUCGCUCUCCGAAACAUCAACCUCCUUCUCCAAAAACGUCCCGAUAUCCUCGCCAACGAGAUGCGCGUUUUCUUCUGCAAAUACAACGACCCGCCAUAUGUCAAGGUGGAGAAGCUGGAUAUCAUGGUCCGGCUCGCGAGCGAUAAGAAUGUAGAUACGUUGCUAGGAGAAUUGAAGGAGUAUGCUUCCGAAGUGGAUGUCGACUUUGUGCGCAAGGCAGUUCGGGCGAUGGGCCAGGUAGCGAUCAAGAUCGAGUCGGCGGCGGAGCGGUGUGUGGGCGUUUUGAUGGAAUUGAUCGAGACGAGGGUCAGCUAUGUGGUACAGGAGGCAGUGAUUGUUAUCAAGGAUAUCUUCCGGAAAUACCCACACUCGUACGAAGCUGUCAUCCCAACACUAUGCGCCAACCUGGAAGAGCUGGACGAGCCAGAGGCGAAAGCGUCUUUGAUCUGGAUCAUUGGGGAAUAUGCCGAGAAGAUUGAGAAUGCCGAUGAGUUACUGGGGCACUUCUUGGAUGCCUUCAAGGAGGAGAGCUAUCAGGUCCAACUACAAACCCUCACAGCUAUCGUCAAGCUCUUCUUGAAGAAGCCCGACUCGGCACAGGGUAUCGUCCAAAAAGUCCUUCAGGCAGCAACGAAGGACUGCGACUCGCCCGACGUGCGCGAUCGAGCGUACAUCUACUGGCGGCUCCUCUCGUCCGACCCGGCCGCUGCGAAGUCGGUCGUCCUCUCUGUUCGGCCACCGAUCAGUCUGCCGCAAACAACUGUAUCUCCGGCGAUAUUGGAGGAGCUUUUGGGGGAGAUAUCGAGUUUGGCGAGUGUGUACCACAAGCCGGCGGCGACGUUCAUUGGGAAGGGGCGUCUGGGGGCAGAGGAGAUGGCCAAGCGGGCAACAGAUGUGGAGGAGGAAGUAUCGCGCGAAAAGGCAUUACAAACAGUCAUGGCUGGUCAACAAGCCGAGAACCUCCUGGACUUUGACGACGAGCCAUCCACCCCCGCGGCCAGCGCCAGCACCAGCCGACCAGCAACCGAUCGCGGUCUUAUAUCGACACAGCAAAUAGCGUCCGUCACGAAAUCGACCAAUCCUCUGGACGAGCUCAUGGACCUCUUCUCAACGGCGAGUAUGGCGGUACCGAGUCAGCCCGCUGGCGUGCCGGCUGCGGCGAUGGGAUCAGGAGGUAUGGGCGGGAUGGGCGGGAUGGGGAUGGACCUGAUGUCGCCACCGAGCGCUAGUCCUGUGGCGGGGCAAUCGGCCCAGCAGGGACAGGGGCAGAAGAAGGCGGAUGAUGAUUUGCUGGGGUUGUUUUAG